AUGGUUAAACAGAGUAAGAAGCAGAAGAAAACGAGGGUGCAAAAAGCGCCAGUUGGAAUCCCUAAAAAGGAGCACCAGCAAAGAAUCACAUAUAUGUUCAAGGUAGGAAGUUUGAUGGCUGCAAAGUUAAAACCUCAAGUGGAGAAUAAUCUCGGCACAUUUGACGUACUUUCAAGAUCAUACUUAAGGAAUAUGGAGCUAUUAUCCAAAAAAGCUGUGCUAAAACUUCAUCCGAAUGUGAAGAGAACAAUUUGCAAGGAAUGCCAUAGAUUUCUCCUUCCAGGAUUAACUUGCAAGCUUCGGCUGAAAAACUACUCCAAAGCAAAAAAGGAUGAAUGCGAUAUAUUGGAAGUCUCCUGCACUUGUGGAAGUGUGAAAAGAUACCCAAUAGGAAGGGAUGAAGGCUACAAACUGUUUUCAGAAAGAGCAGAUGUAUUAUUUGAUCCCGGUACGGGGCCGUCUGACAAACCGUGA